CAGCAACAACACCAGUGAAGAGAAGCUUUUGGCGGAAGUAAACAGACAACAGACGGCUUUUCUCUUCUUUUCUGUGUCUCAAGCUUAGCGAUGAACAGGGAUAAUCAAGAACAUGGUGGUACGCCACAUCAUAACAUGGGAAACAUGACGUACUCCAAUGUCCACACCAGUGGGAGUAAUGCCAACCAUAGCUCUCUUGACUACGAUUCAUGGGUCUCAAGUAUACAAGAUGGGUUCUUCCAGGCGACCCCGAUGACAAGCCAUAUCCUGCAACAGAGCACUUUCAUGAAUAGCGUUGGGAGUAGCGGAUCCAUACCCUUGGGAGGGAUUAACCUACUGAAUACAGCUGGUCAGCCCGGUGUUCAUGAUUUUAACAUGGACUUGGCGUUGAAUACGCCAGAGAGGCUCUACAGGGACAUCAUCAACGAGUCACCAGUUCUGUCGAGAACGCCCCAGAUUGGGCGUACCCCGUUGAGGUCAUUGAACAUGAACAUGAACAUCAGCACCCCCAAUUUUCUAAAGAACAUUGAAACGACAAACUUCUUCAACAACAACUUUGGGUCGGCAACGAAAACUUUCACGCCGUUGAAGAACCAGCUGUUCGCAUCCAAUGAGAUGUUUCAAACUCCUCGUGACACCUCAAAGGAUAACUCUGGAAACAUCGACUCAUCUCCUACAACUAUCCAGAUGAACUCCUCGGCUGUCAAGGAAAGCGAUGCUGUGCCAAACGUUACAAAGAUCCUGCCACCAUCACCGACGCCAGGGUCCAUGAUGGGCGGUUACAAACCGAUUCCACCCAAUUCAAGCAUACCGAAAAUGGGGUGCUUCAAAAAGAUACCUACACAGGAACCGCCUAAGAAAUCUUCGAAAAAUCAAAAGAAUUCAACGAUUCAAAUCAUUAUGACUGAUGUCAAUUCAUUUGCCAAUAAUAGCAAACCUACAAGGAGUAGGAAGAAAAAAUUGACAAGAUCUUCAACAGCAACAAACAUUGGAGGAUCGGUCAAAAAGAAAUCCUCUCUAAAGAGAACAUUGUCCCAACCACAGGCGAAGAUUGGAACAAUGAUUGGAAAAGAUACAUUGGUGAAAACUCAGACGCCCGUACAGUCGAAUGUCUUUGAAAAUCGUGAGGAUAUCCCUUCAUUAUUAAAACCGAAAGGUCAAUGAAGCAUUUGGGGGGAUAUAUAGAAGGUGUGAGUUCAUACAUAAUACACAGGGUGUAUAAGCUUUUUGUUGGGAAAGUUCUUUCAUGGGUUUAAGUGGUUUUUUCUUCUUGUUCUUUUGUCGAUAUUUGGUUUUGACUUAGACGUUGACAUAGUUAUUUGGUUUUCGUAUGCGUGUUUCUUUUUUAUCAUAUGCUUUGGACAUUGGUUUUUGUUAUUAUUACAGUACAG